CUUUCCUCAACAUUCGGCUCGUUUUUUUAUAUUUCAUUGGGGUACCGUAGUUAAUCAUUUCCAUUUUUUGAGAGUUCAUUCCUUUGUUUGAUUAAGGACUUUUUCGUUUUGCUUUUUUGUUCCUUUCGAAUUUUGGAUACGUUUUGUGAAAGGGAAUGAUAAAAAUUUCAUUUGUAAAUAAUAUUUAUUCGGUCAGUUUUAUUAUCUUGCAUUUAUACGUCUAAAUUGAGCGUGUCUAAGGGAAUUUGGAGCAAGUUUGUUUGCAAUGAGUACUAAUGAUGCUCAAACGCAACUGUCAACAUAUGGCCUUGCAUGUGGCUCUACUGAGUUGGGAAAAACACGAAACAUGUUUUUAAGCGUGUCUGCUGGGUGUGUUUACGCGAUUAUUUCUUUUUUUCGCUUCAUAAUAUAUUUGUUUCAGGGCAGAGAAAAUUAUUGUAUGGAAUAUUCCGAAUUCUAUAUGACCUUUUUUUUAGAUACUAUUAUUGCUUUUUUGAAAGUUUACGUUAUUGGUCUUUUGCCAAUAAUAGCUCUUCGAAAAGUACUUAUUCAAGAGUCAGUUCGUAGAAACACACCGGCAUGUUUGUUAGAUGAAUUGCAUACUUUAAUGUAUAAGAAGCGCACUUACAUCACUCCUUUAAUAUAUACAAUUUCCUCAAUCAUCAUAGGAUGGACUUAUUUUGAUCUCAUUGGAGUAAGUUAUAGGCGAACAAGAACAAUGUUUUUAUACCCUGGAACUGAAGAUUUUUGGUGUCCAAGUCAUCGUAAAGACAAUUGUAAAGGUCUUCUUCCAAUGAUUAAUGAACAUUACUUAAUCGCGCUAUUCCAUACUGCAAUUCUUGGGAUUUGGUAUGGAUGUGAUUUUUUGUUACGUAAAAGAUAUAUGUUAACAUUUAAUAUGGCAAAGCCAAGAUAUCCAUUUUCUUUAUUAAAAGAACUUUUGAUAAUUUGGAACCACCAAUUCAAUAUUUUUGUAUGGAGUACUCUCACGACAGCAUUAUAUUUCUCGAUGAUAUUGUGGUUUAUUAAACUUUUUAUAUGGAACACCAUCUAUGAAUGGCUACCUAACCUUAUCUUUUUACAUAACACUUCAGUCUAUUAUUGGAUGCGUGCUUCUUGGUUUGAUGUGCAGCUAUUCAAUAGAACAGUUGUCAGUGCGAUUUUUACCGUAAUGUGUUGGUCUGUAAUAGAUUUUUUGAUCGAACAUUUUUUUACACGGAUACAUUUUACAAUUAGUGUAUAUAUGGAUCCUCAUGCAAUUCUUGUAGAUGGACUGCAUUCAUAUCAACAACCCUAUUAUCAGCAAUUGGCAUUUUUGGAAUUGUGGCACAUUGCAAAAUUUGAUCAGCAUAGACGUAGUGCUAUAUAUGCAGAUUUCAAUCGUAAACGUGCGUUCAAUUGUGUUAAGCAUAAUAAUCCCACUUCUGCAUGGACAGAAAUAUCUCGUUCAUGUAUGGAUUUGAUCUUAGGGCUUGCAAGUUCUGCACAAAAUGAAAUUAAAAAACAACAAGCAAGGAAAUUAUUGUUAAAAAAAAAGUAUGAAAAGUUUAGAAAUAUGGAAAAAAAUGCAUUGAAAGAAAAGGAACGAAAAAUAGUUGGCUACAAAGAUCUUGAAGUCAAGAUGACGGCCGAAACAAUGACUAAAGAUCAUGAUUAUUGGGGAAUGAAGUUAUUGGAAUGGUUUCAUCCAGUGACGGGUAAUCGCCCAUACUUUAUGAGAAAAAUUUAUUAUUAUUCUGCCGUCCCUUUACUUAAGAGAUCAAUUGAGAGAAGAACAAAGAAUGUUUUUAAAGAUUUAUAUAUUACAAUAUAUGCUAUACAAGCAUUAACGGCUUUAACAGUUAAAUCAUUGAAUGAGGAUAAACAUGGAAUUGUGCAGUGUGAUAUUGCUAAUGUCUUUGAAUCAAUAUUAGAUUGUUUAAUGUCUCUUGAUCAAUAUUCUAAAGAACCGCCAUUGGAUGAGUGGGAUGUUGGAGAUCCUUUUACAUUUACAUAUUCUAGUGUUUUGUCAGAUCCGUUAAUUGUUAUAAAUGUAUUGAAAGAUGCUUUAUUUGACUUGACAAAAGCGUUUUAUCCACAUAUGGAUUACGUGAAGUUAUCAAGUAUACAUUAUGAUAGAUUAAAUAAACUGCUCAAUGAAGGACUUUAGUAGAUUUUUUUAGCGGAAUGCAUAUUAGAUAUUAUUUUGACCAUAAACAACUUGUAAUUUCAUUCUUUUUUUUUUAUUUUUAAAAACAGAUGAACCAAACUUAUGAUAAUAAAUCAUAAAAUGCGUCUAUAGAAAACAUCUAAUUUUAC